AUGCUGGACAGGUUAGCUGCGACGGUUGACUUUUGCCUGGAUCCACGACGACGCAGCUCCAUCCAUCCUUUGCCGUCAGCGAUGGAAGGGUUAAACGCCAACAGCUGGGUCCUGACAUCUCCUUUCAGCAUCACCAACCUCCUCCAAGAUGUGGUCUCAAGCGACGUUCCCCGGGGAGCUCUAUCCUCAUCCUCAUCAUCGUCGCCCUCGUCGAUGGGGGACGAGGCCGUUGAAGGACACCCGAAGCUGAGGCCGGGGGAACGGCGUCAAGGGAAAGAGGAAAAGCCACCGUUCAGUUACAAUGCCUUGAUCAUGAUGGCUAUCCGACAGAGCCCCACGAAGCGGCUCACGCUCAACGGCAUCUACGAGUUCAUCAUGAGGAGCUUUCCUUACUACAAGGAGAACAAGCAAGGCUGGCAGAACUCCAUCCGGCACAACCUCAGCCUCAACAAGUGCUUCGUCAAGGUGCCCCGGCACUACGACGACCCCGGCAAGGGCAACUACUGGAUGUUGGACCCUUCCAGCGAGGAGGACGUCUUCAUCGGAGGGGCCACCGGCAAGCUGAGGAGGAGGUCCCCAAGCUCUCAGGCCAAGCUGGCCUUCAGGAGAGGACAAAGGUUAUCUUCAGCCGGGGUGACCCUCUCGGGGUCCUUCUACUGGCCCUUUCCUCCUCUUUAUGGCACAUCCUCAGCUUUCUUGGGUCACCACCAACCUGGUUCCUUUUCGUCUACGUUCCCCCAUCAGGUCCCGACUCCUUCGGGGAUCCAGAGACAAACGGACGGAGGAGAAGACCCUUACGGGAGCCACCAACACAUCGCCGCAACCAUGUUGGCCUCGGCCGUACCCCACGGUCUCUCUGUAACCGACUCUCUGGACUCCUAUUCUGUGAACUUCGUGGCCGGCCAAACAAGUUACGUCUUGUCUCCAAGGCACACUUUGCCACUUGGAUUUCAAGCCGGCUUUCCAUCGAAAUCCACUGGGAAUCUCUUCCACGGAGGUCCUCUGCCUUUCCCUGGACAACUUUCCCCCGAAUCCCCGAGCUAUUUCGCUUUUCAUAACCACGGUGCACCAUUUCAUCCUUGA